AUUAUAGAUCCUAAGCUUGUCAGCAUUGAAAUUCAUAAUUGCAGAAAGAGAAAGAGAGUGAGAAACUUGAGUGUUGGUUAUGGCUGCUACAAUGGAAGAUAGUCCAAGAAGUCCAGAGGCAAAGCUUGGAAUGAGAGUAGAAGAUCUUUGGGAUGUUCAAGAACCACAACUAAGUCCUAAUGAGAAGCUCAAUGCUUGUUUUGAAAGCAUACCUGUCUCUGCUUUCCCUCCACCUCCUUCAAACCAAGAAAUUGAGAUAAAAUCAGAUGCUACCUUAGCUGAGGCAGUUGAAAUACUAGCAGAACACAACAUCCUGAGUGCACCUGUGGUGGAUGUUGAUGCACCUGAAGAUGCCAGCUGGAUUGACAGAUACAUAGGGAUAGUUGAGUUUGCAGGAAUUGUUGUGUGGAUUCUUCAUCAGUCUGAUCCUACAUCUCCUAAGAGUCCAUCAAGUAGAUCCAAUGGAACAGCAAUUGAAGCUGCAACUAAUGGCAUGGCUUCUCUACAACUUGAGGGCAAGGACCUUGGAUCUUCUACAACAACUUCAGGGAACUUCUUUGAGGAUCUCACUUCUUCUGAACUUUAUAAGAAUACCAAGGUUAGAGAUAUCUCAGGAUCAUUUCGGUGGGCCCCAUUUCUUGCACUGGAGAGGUCAAACUCAUUCUUGACCAUGCUAUUGCUACUCUCAAAGUACAAGAUGAAGAGUAUUCCUGUGGUGGACUUAGGUGCUGGAAGAAUUGAUCAAAUCAUUACUCAAUCUGCUGUGAUACACAUGUUGGGUGAAUGUGCUGGUCUUCAAUGGUUUGAGAGCUGGGGAACCAAGAAAAUAUCUGAAGUUGGUCUUCCUCUAGUCACACCAAAUCAUAUCAUCAAGGUAUAUGAGGAUGAACCAGUGCUUCAAGCCUUUAGAUUGAUGAGAAAAAAGAGGAUUGGAGGUGUGCCUGUAGUGGAAAGGGGUGGCAACAAUCCAGUGGGUAAUAUAAGCCUCCAUGAUGUUCAGUUCUUGCUAACUGCCCCAGAAAUAUACCAUGAUUAUAGAGCAAUUACUGCCAAGGAUUUCCUAACAGCUGUUAAAAGCUACUUGAAGAAGCAUGAAAAGGUUGUUCCUAUGUCAAGGGGUUUGAUUACUUGCAAAAAGGAUUGUACAAUAAAAGAGUUGAUCCAAUUGCUAGAUCAUGAAAAGAUUCACAGGGUCUAUGUUGUGGAUGAUGAUGGAAAUCUUGAGGGACUCGUCACUCUAAGAGACAUAAUCUCAAGGCUUGUACAUGAGCCACGUGGCUACUUUGGUGAUUUCUUUGAUGGCGUUCUUCCCAUGCCUCCAAAUAGUAGGGUUUAAUUUUAGGGUUAAGAACAUUUUGCAUGUUACUCGAACUUAAGCAGAUAAAUCCAUUUUUAACUUUUGUGAGAUUUUGUGUAUAUGUAAAAGUGCUGAUGGAAUCGUACUGAGUUUUGUAUCAUAUUUUCUUUUGAAUAAGAGUAAUCAUAAUACCCAAAUCCAAUUCAAU